GGCCGGGCCUGGGCCGGCGGGGAGCGGAUUGGUCGGAAAGUAGGUUAGUGGUGCGACAUUUAGGGAAGGCAGAAAGUAGGUCAGGGACGGAGGUGCCUGUUUACCCGCGCCGGACUUGCCGCCGCCGCCGCCGCGGGAUCCGAGUGCGGGUGCGGGCGCGGGCGCUCGCAGCGAGAGCCACGGUGUUGUUGGCUGCAGUGAAUGCUUUUGGAACCAAACUUAAGGUUUCAAAUGUGGAACCCUAGGCCUUCAUUGGAUUUUGGAAGAAGUUGACUGCCUGGAAGGAAGUUACAAAACAUGAAAGUCACUUUGAGGUGACCAGCAACUACAGUGGCCCUUUGCAUCUCCCACACUGGAUCGAAGCUUAAGAACUGUAACUUCAGAUGUGGGAAUUUGGGCCCAGAGGGUGGGAGUGACAGCCCCAGUCAAAUCCUGUGGACCUUUGAGCCCUUUGAGGCCCACUGGGCAACCCCUCUCUUCACCAGGGUUUGAAGUUAGAGUCCCUUGCAAGCACCUUCCUUCCAAUGGCGGACCAGAGAAUGGACAUUUCCUCAACAAUCAGUGACUUCAUGUCUCCGGGCCCCACCGACCUGCUCUCCGGUUCCCUGGGCACCAGUGGUGUGGACUGCAAUCGCAAGAGGAAAGGCAGUGCCACUGACUACCAAGAAAGUAUGGACACAGACAAAGAUGACCCUCAUGGAAGGUUAGAAUAUGCAGAACACCAAGGAAGGAUCAAGAAUGCAAGGGAGGCCCACAGUCAGAUUGAAAAGAGGCGUCGGGACAAAAUGAACAGUUUCAUUGAUGAAUUGGCUUCUUUGGUACCAACAUGCAAUGCAAUGUCCAGAAAGUUAGAUAAACUCACCGUGCUAAGGAUGGCUGUUCAGCACAUGAAAACGUUGAGAGGUGCCACCAACCCAUACACAGAAGCAAACUACAAGCCAACAUUUCUAUCAGAUGACGAACUGAAACACCUAAUUCUCAGGGCAGCAGAUGGAUUUUUGUUUGUCGUAGGAUGUGACCGAGGGAAGAUCCUCUUUGUCUCUGAGUCUGUCUUCAAGAUCCUCAAUUAUAGCCAGAAUGACCUUAUUGGCCAGAGCUUGUUUGACUACCUGCAUCCAAAAGAUAUUGCCAAAGUUAAGGAACAGCUAUCUUCCUCGGACACUGCGCCCCGGGAGCGACUCAUCGAUGCCAAGACUGGACUUCCAGUUAAAACGGAUAUAACCCCUGGGCCCUCCCGGCUAUGCUCUGGAGCCCGCCGCUCUUUCUUCUGUAGGAUGAAGUGCAACAGGCCUUCAGUAAAGGUGGAAGAUAAGGACUUCGCCUCCACCUGUUCAAAGAAAAAAGCAGAUCGAAAAAGCUUCUGCACGAUCCACAGCACAGGCUAUUUGAAAAGCUGGCCACCCACGAAGAUGGGGCUGGACGAAGACAAUGAGCCAGACAACGAGGGCUGCAACCUCAGCUGCCUCGUUGCAAUCGGACGCCUGCACUCGCACAUGGUUCCACAGCCAGCGAACGGGGAAAUACGGGUGAAAUCUAUGGAGUAUGUUUCUCGACAUGCAAUAGAUGGGAAAUUUGUUUUUGUAGAUCAGAGGGCGACAGCUAUUUUGGCGUAUCUACCACAGGAACUUCUAGGUACAUCAUGUUAUGAGUAUUUUCAUCAAGAUGACAUAGGACACCUCGCAGAAUGUCACAGGCAAGUUUUACAGACAAGAGAAAAGAUCACGACUAAUUGCUAUAAGUUUAAGAUCAAAGAUGGUUCUUUUAUCACACUACGAAGUCGAUGGUUCAGUUUCAUGAACCCGUGGACCAAGGAAGUUGAAUACAUUGUCUCAACCAACACUGUUGUUUUAGCCAAUGUCCUGGAAGGCGGGGACCCAACCUUCCCGCAGCUAACAGCACCCCCCCACAGCAUGGACAGCAUGCUGCCCUCUGGAGAAGGUGGCCCAAAGAGGACUCAUCCCACUGUUCCAGGCAUUCCAGGGGGAACCAGAGCUGGAGCAGGAAAAAUAGGUCGAAUGAUUGCCGAGGAAAUCAUGGAAAUCCACAGGAUAAGAGGGUCAUCGCCUUCCAGCUGUGGCUCCAGCCCGCUGAACAUCACAAGUACGCCUCCCCCUGAUGCCUCUUCUCCAGGAGGCAAGAAGAUUCUAAAUGGAGGGACUCCAGACAUUCCUUCCACUGGACUAUUACCAGGGCAGGCUCAGGAGACCCCAGGGUAUCCCUAUUCUGAUAGUUCUUCUAUUCUUGGUGAGAACCCCCACAUAGGCAUCGAUAUGAUAGAUAACGACCAAGGAUCAAGCAGUCCCAGUAAUGAUGAGGCAGCAAUGGCUGUCAUCAUGAGCCUCUUGGAAGCAGAUGCGGGGCUGGGUGGCCCCGUUGACUUUAGUGACUUGCCAUGGCCGCUGUAGACACUACAUUUUGCUUUGGCAACAGCUACAGUAUCAAAGUGCAUUAAUGGUGAAGUUUUACAGUCUGUGAAGCUUACUGGAUAGGGAGAGAACAGCUUUUAUGUACUGACUCCAUAAAAGCCAUCUCAGAGCCAUUGAUACAAGUCAAUCUACCAUGUGUAACUUCAGACAAAGUGGAACUAAACCUGCUCCAGUGUUUCCUCAUCAUUGAGUUUGGGCUAGCUGUGGAUAGCUUGCAUUAAUUGUAUAUUUUGGAUUUUGUUUGUGUUGAAUUUUUUAAUCAUUGUGCACAGAAGCAUCAUUGGUAGCUUUUAUAUGCAAAAUGGUCAUUUCAGAUGUAUGGUGUUUUUACACUACAAAGAAGUCCCCCAUGUGGAUAUUUCUUAUACUAAUUGUAUCAUAAAGCUGUUUAUUCUUCCUUGUAAGAAUCCUUUACUAUAAAUAUGGGUUAAAGUAUAAUGUAUUAGACAGUUAAAUAUUUUUAAUAAAUGUUUCCCUUGUUCUAUAA